AUGGAUGAAUCUCUUGAGCAGCAAAGUGAAACACAUGACCAAGAGAACGAAAUAGUUACUGAAGGUAGUGCUGUUGUGCAUGGUGAGCCUUCUCAAGAUGAUAGUGUUCCCCCUAAAGUUGAUAGUGAAGCUGAGGUUCUGGAUGAGAAAGUCAGUAAGCAGAUCAUAAAGGAAGGUCACGGUUCCAAACCAUCCAAGUACUCGACAUGCUUCUUGCACUAUAGGGCGUGGACUAAACACACGCAGCAUAAGUUUGAGGAUACAUGGAAAGAGCAGCAGCCUAUUGAAUUGGUUCUAGGAAAAGAGAAAAAAGAACUGGCCGGUUUGGCCAUCGGUGUUUCUAGCAUGAAGUCUGGUGAACGUGCACUCGUGCAUGUUGGCUGGGAAUUGGGAUAUGGGAAAGAAGGAAACUUUUCUUUUCCGAACGUUCCACCUAUGGCGGACUUGUUAUAUGAGGUUGAAGUAAUUGGAUUUGAUGAAACAAAAGAGGGAAAGGCUCGCGGUGAUAUGACUGUGGAGGAAAGGAUUGGUGCAGCAGACAGAAGGAAAAUGGAUGGGAAUGCUCUGUUUAAGGAGGAUAAACUAGAGGAGGCCAUGCAACAGUAUGAAAUGGCCAUUGCAUACAUGGGUGACGAUUUUAUGUUUCAGCUGUAUGGGAAGUACCAAGAUAUGGCGUUGGCAGUUAAGAACCCGUGUCACCUAAACAUAGCAGCUUGCCUGAUCAAGCUGAAACGAUACGAUGAAGCGAUUGGUCACUGCAACAUUGUGUUGACAGAAGAUGAGAAAAAUCCAAAAGCGUUGUUCAGAAGAGGGAAGGCAAAGGCAGAGCUAGGACAGAUGGAUUCAGCUCGUGAUGAUUUCCGAAAAGCACAAAAGUAUGCUCCCGAUGACGUAGCGAUUAGAAGAGAGCUAAGAGCAGUUGCAGAGCAAGAGAAAGCUGUGUACCAAAAGCAAAAAGAGAUGUACAAAGGAAUAUUUGGAGGGAGAGAAGAAGGUAAUGCUAAGGCAAAGAGCCGUAACUGGUUGAUAAUGUUAUGGCAAUGGUUGGUUUCUCUUUUCUGCCGGAUCUUUCGACGUCACAGAGUUAAAGCAGAUUAA